AUGCAACCCGCUGCCACCGAUCCGCUCGAUGGCGUAAGGUGGCUGUCUGUCAAUGGCGCCAGCGUCGGGGGCGAGCGGGCCCAAGAGGCAGCGAGAACCUGGCUCGGUCCAUUCCGGCAAGGCACGAGCAGCAAUGCCACGUUACGGGCACGGAAGGGCGUGCAGGAGUGCCUACCGGCUAGCAGUCCAGCGCCAUGGGUGCUUCAGUCGAGAGACAGCGUCGUCGGCAACGCCGACAAAAUGCUGCCUUCCGCCGAACAGCACCGCUUGCUUGCAAUGCAGGGUUCUGCAGCGCCACUCUAUGCGCUUCUGCGCGCGAAUUGUCCCGGACUCUGCAUAACGGCCAGGUCCGAGCAGCAAGCUGCAACCCGCACCGAGCUGCCCGGCUACGGCGAGUCGCAACAGGCAGACUGA